UCUUGGAUCAGGGCAAUUUGCAGCAGCAGCAGCACUGUUGAGUUUUGCAGCAGCAUCUCUACUGCACGAGCUUAAAAACACUCUUUGGUCAUGGUGCAUCUUUGAGACUUAUUUUCCAGCAAGAGGAAGAACACUUCAUAUUUUCUUCUUGGUUCCUAUUUCUACAAGAAGACGAUGUUUUCGACUGCAGGAAAGCGCUGCUUCACGAUAGAGUCUCUGGUCGCUAAAGAGAAUCCUCUGAUGUCCGAGGAGCCCAUCCGCCCCACGGCUUUAAGUUACUCCAACCCGACGACAGAUGCCUUAAUGAACAGUUACCAGCAUCCAGCGGGCCGGACCCUAUACCAGAGCCCUGAGCUGGUGUUCCCGGACACGGUGAACCACCCCUCCCUCACCGUGGCCCCUCACCAGCUGGGAGGCUCGCACCACCUGCAGCAUCCGCACUUCUUCGGCUCGCAACACCGAGACCCGCUCAACUUCUACCCCUGGGUGCUACGGAACAGGUUUUUCGGACACAGAUUUCAAGGUAACGAUGUGUCCCAGGACAGCAUGCUCCUCCACGGUCCUUUCGCCAGGAAACCCAAGCGCAUCCGGACCGCCUUCUCCCCUUCCCAGCUCCUCCGCCUGGAGAGAGCCUUCGAGAAGAAUCACUACGUCGUCGGAGCCGAGAGGAAGCAGCUCGCUAACAACUUGAAUCUAUCUGAAACACAGGUGAAGGUGUGGUUCCAGAACAGGCGGACUAAGUACAAGCGACAGAAGCUGGAGGAGGAGGGCCCGGACAGCCAGCAGAAGAAGAAGGGGAACCACCACAUCAACAGAUGGCGCAUGGCCACCAAGCAGCCAGGCUCCGAGGACAUAGACGUGACCUCGGAGGACUAAAACCUCCCACAAUGCUGCCCUAAAAACCAGAGGACCAACACUAUUUAUUAUGUAAUAUUAUUAAGUAUAACUAGAGACAUUAGAAAAAGGACUAAAUCAUCGCACAUCUCUUCAUCGUGGUGACACUGGAGAAAAACAAACAUCUUAUUUAAUGACUUCCAUCCUGAAUGUCUCUGAAUGAGGAUAAUAAUCUUUGGUGAGACGACCAAAGAUGAAGAGAAACAACAUCUAUCAUAGUCUGUUUUUUUUAAAUAUUGUACAUAGUCCACGUAUAAAGGUUGUUUUUUGAAAGAGGCUAUUUGUUUCAUUAAAGCUGUUUCUACCACCUGCUUAGGUCAUUAACACCUCAUUGCUCCCCCCAUUAAAUCGGCCACCUGUGCACCGACUUCAUUUAAAAUUCUCCUCUAUGACAGGAAAUGUUUUAAUCCACCAAAUGAGCCGGAAGACAGGCUUUCCAGAAGAGCCAAAUAUUCAAGGAAGAUCCCAAUUUGCAGCGUGAUUUUAUUGUCAAUGCUGGGACCCGUUCCUGCGCUCCGCUCUGCUUCAUAAUGAACAUUUCUGCACAAAAAAGGCUAUUGACGACCAGCUGUGCGUGACUUUGGGACAGACAAGAAGCUGCAGAGACCUUAGAAGUUAGGAGCGAGUUGUGCCACACAUUAAAAAGGAUUUUCACAGCUUUGUGCGUCUUCUGCCAUGCCACAUUUGUCAUUUGUGGUGUGAUGGAUGACUUCAUUAAAGUGUAGUACAGAACAUAUAAGAACAUACUUUUCAAGCAGCACAUG